GAAUUAGGCAACUUAAAGAUUUUUAAACUGUUUUGUUUUGUUAGGAGGACAGACAGGGUUACCCUGAGAUUGUGCUGAGCCUAGAUGAGAUGCCACUCAAUAGUACAAAUGACCAUUGCUUUUGCCAUUAUUGUAGACUUUUAUAGGCAGAGUUAACACUUUAUCAGUUGUGUGAGUAAUCAGCUUUCAGUGGCCAAAAGGACACAUUGUCCUACAGUCAUCAUCUCUGGGAUAUUUGAGAGAAAGUCAUGCUUUGUACUACUUGUGUACAUUGAUUGUAGAAUCCGCUGUUUCCCCUAAAGCCUGAGAAAACUUGUACUGAUAAAGCUUAAAACAUUUAAUGUAUCUAAAUCAUGGAGAGAGAAACCAAUUUUGUUAAGAUUUAGAGAGAGAUUAGAUACUUUGUCCAAGAUGACACAGCAUGCCCAUAUAGGAGUAUGGGAAUAUAUCAUUGAUUUCAUUAUUUACUGCCUGACCUGAGAUCCAGUGCUAAUGCCCCAACAUGACUGUUAUAUAUGAAAAGCUAAUAAAAGUAUAGUGCAUGUUGUUAUAUGUUAGGAAUUAGUAUGUGGUUGGAACAUUGUAUCAUUUCUUGAAGAGUGUUGUAAUUAAUAUGGAGCGGCUUUUUGGCUUUCCUUCUAGGAGAAAAGAAGAAAAGAACAUGACCAAAGUAGCCAAGACCUCCACUCUCUCUCAUUGAUUAGAAUAAAGUAAUGGAGACUCCAUUUAUCUUCUGUGUCCAUUUCUCUUCAGAUUCUGAUCCUUAACUCAGAAAGCUAUGUAAAUAUUAGGGCAUUAUCUACUUUUCUGAUUUGUUGGAAAUACCUACAAUCCUACCAGAGUCCUUAUAACCAUUCAGGUUCUAAACUCAAAUCACUAGCGAGUAGAGUGUGGUUAGCGAUGACUGACCAAAAUGCCGUAGAUAAGCUACUUUAGAUCAAUGGAUAUUCAGAAUCUAUAUACUUAACUUGGUUCUUUGUACAGGUAUGUGGGAUACAAGUGGAUUAGAAAACAUGAGGAAGAUUCUUAGGGAAGGUCUAAGAGCAUUCAUUCUACAUUUAAUUGUCAAAUAUAUACAGUUUUUCUUCUAGUUCUCUUUAGUACCUUGCCUUAAUCUCGGUCCUAGAUUCUAGGAGUUUGUAAAGUAUGAUAGGAAUAUUAAUACUUUGCUGUCCUUCCCUAAUUUUUUAAAUAAAAUGAAUUGUUUAGCAGAUAUAAUGACUGACUAUAUAACAUUACAAGGACAAAAAAAAUAUAAUUCUGGGACUUGAUGGAACAUUAGGCAGUAAAAGACUUUUUCUUACUCUGGGACCAACCAUAUUGUGAAUGCUUAGUCUUCUCUGAGGAUGUUGAUGAGCAGUUAUGAUAUGUUCUCAAUGUUUAGUCAAAUCAGAGUUUCAUAUCUAAAUCAGAAAAAUAUAAAAAUAUUGAAAGCAAUUUGUUUCCUGAAGACAGGUUGGUGAUAGCAUUAUAUCUUAAAGAAAGGCAAUCCAAUAGAAAGAAAGUUGAAUUUGGAUUUAGCAUCCAGACUUUCCUCCUUAAUACCUGUGUAACAUGGAGUAUGAGCUUUAGUUUCAUUGUUUGAAGUGAUGGAGUUGAACUAGAUAAUUUCUAAGAUUGCUUCUAACUGUGAAUUCUGUGAUCCUUUGACAUUUUAAUUAGAACUGCUUUAUAAGAAUAGUGUCUGGCACUAUGGAUGAUAUAUAUCAAUUUUACUGAAGAGAUAAAUUCUUGAUUUUAAGGUGGUAAAUUGAACUAGAUUUUCUCCUAGACGGUUGAUAGUGAACAUUUGCUUUGGCGAAACUUCUGCUUUGAGAUUUACUUCUUGGAAGAAGGAUUAUAGGUGCACACUCAAACAUAAGAAAAUUCAAUUUUAAAAUCAUUUAAAUCAGGAAGUAAUCAGAUGGUUCUUUGUUUUACCAAAAAAGGAAGUCUGCAAGUUUCUUUUUAAAUUAGUUUGCCAAGUACAUUUAAAAGUUUCUUUAUAGCUUAUAGAUUACUUGACAGGAGAAGUUAUGAGCUUCAAACAAUUGUCUUUAAUAUAAUUUAAGAAUCUGAUAUGUGAAGAGUACCUUGCUAGGCAGUUGAAAAGAUAAAAAAAAUUAGAUAUAAUGGAGUACCUAGUUUUUUACUCUAGAACAGUGAUGGUGAACUUAUGGCAUGCAGAGUACUCUCUGUGGGUCCGAGCCACCCCCUUCCCCACCCAGUUUGUUACUAGAUAGGCAGAAAGACUCUAGCAGAGCUGCUCCCCUCCCCCAUGACAUUUUUUCACCCCUUUCCCCUGCCCAGCAGCCUAAUGGGAGCACACAGGAGGUAAGGUGGGCAGCUCACAGGCAGUAGAGCUGGAGAAUAGCAGAGCACUCAGGCCACACUCUUCUCCCUCUUCAUCCCCAAAGAGGAUAUUUCUCACAUGACCCGCCCCUCUGCCCAGCAGCCCAAUAUAAGUGCUUCCUCCCUCCUCUGUGAGAGGUAAAGGGAAGUUGCAGGGUGAACCCAGCACUUGGUGUGGGGAGGGGCAUGGCACUCGGCAGGUGGGCAUAGCACUUAGUCUGGGGGAGGGGGUGGCCAAGCACUCCAUCUCUAAAAGGUUCAUCAUCACUGCUAAUAGAAUUGAAAGUUAAUUAGAAAUUGUAUGUAAAAUAUGUCAUAAAUUAUGAGGUAAGUUAAGAGUGAAGGAAAACUUUUUUUGCAUAAAGCAAGGCUAGCUAUAUGGAGUUUAUUUCAGCUCAAUUUUUUAAAAAGCAUUUAUUAAAUAUCUGCUAUUUGCAAGAAGGUGUAAUGGGGGGGGGGCACAGAGACAAAAUAAAAACAGGAUUUUUACCCUCAAGGAACUAAUAUUCUUUUUUACAAGUGAAUACAUAAAAAUAUAAAUUCAAGUCAAAAUAGAUCUUUUUAUGUAUGGAGUCAAAUUUUAAUUUACUUUUAACUUUGUGUUCAAUCCUGAGUAUUUAACAUAUCUAGAAAAAAUAUUCUUUCUUAAAUACAUUUAACUUGUGUCUGUGACAUGGUUUUGUGGGCAAGAAAAGUAUACAGUAUAGUAUGAUCACUGUUGACUUAAGUUUAGAAAUUAUUUGAUUUGCCUUAUUCCAUUUUUAUAUAAUUUGUAUAUUUAACACAAAAAGUAAUGUGACACCAGAGCCCAAUGAAGUACUUCAUAUUUUACCUUUUAGUGAGAUUGGGUGAAAACUUCCUAUUCUUUCUAAACAAAAGAUUUUAGCAGGCUUCCAAAAUUGCUUCAAAUAAAUUUUAUAACUGGGUUGCCUGAGAUAUGAAGAAACCAUAGCAUUAUCCUAUUCUGUAGCUAAAUCAUCUGUAAAAUUGGGUAAGAGUAGGGCUAUACCAAAAAACAGAUCCUUUUAUUUAUUUAUUUUUUAAUUAAGAUUUCCUGGAUAAAGCACCAAAUAAAUGUGAACAAAAAUUUCUAUUUGUGUUUAGUUGAUAGUAACAUUUUCUAGGGGGAAAAAAUCAGGAAAAAUACCAAAGCAUAUCCUUUUUAUUUUGUUAGUAAUGUGCAGCUGCAGUGCAUCAUUAUUCUAUUUAAUGUAUGAACUAAAAUAUACUACUAAACCCCAGGAUUUUUAGGGGCAGCUGGGUUGCUCAGUGGUUUGAGAGCCAGGCCUAGAGAUGGGAGGUCCUAGAUUUGAAUCUGAUCUCAGAUACUUCCCAGCUUUGUGACCCUGGGCAAGUUACUUAUAAUUUAAAAAAUGAAAAUUUUUUUAAAAGGAAAUGGCUUUCUCCAAAUGUUCUUUAUCUUUGAUUAUAGCUGGAGGGUUUUAGAUGUUCAUUUUCUCAAUGUAGAUUCUAUAAAGGGAUCCACUGCAUUAGUUAGAAGUUACUGUUUUUCAGAGGUGAUACCUAGUCAUUACUAUAUAAUUUAAAUUAAGCAUGUCACCAUUUGUUCAUAUUAGUUCUAUUGCUUGUCUUGGAUAUAGAAUGAGUCUUAUUUCAAUAGAAUUGAAAUAAUUUAUCAUGUUUUGAGUGCUAGAGCCAAGGACACUGUAAAUGUUAUUGGUCUCUAUUGCCUUAAUAUUGGGGAAAAAUUUUUUAGAUAUAAAGUAAAUGUCUUCCUCUUUCUUUUUUCUCAACUGAAAUGUUAGUUUCUUUAUAUAACUUAUCAAGUAGGCACUGCCUUAAGACAUUUUACUUGUUAUUUAAAUAUUGCUUUUUGUCUUUUACAUUUUUUUUUGUCUUUUUGAGUCUAAGCUCCUUGAAAAAUUUUUUUUGUAUCUUCUGUUUUAGUAUCAACAAUCGGGGUUAAGUGACUUGUCCAGGGUCAUAUAACUAGAAAAUAUCUGAGAUCAUCAGUACUUCCCAAUUCUAGUCCUGGGGCUCUAUCUGCUGUAUAAUCUAGCUACUCUUAAACUCUUUUAAAAUAAUAUUUUUAGUGUUUUAUACUUUUUCUUUAUUCCUCAUAAACAGGUUUCAACUUAACCGUCAAUGACAUAGCAUAAAAAAUAUUACCCAAAGAAAGAAUAGCUUUAAUAUGGUGCCUGUCACUUUGUAGCCAUUUGAUAAACAUUUAUUGAUUGUCUGAGUGUCGUCUGCAUAGAGAUGAAUUGAAUCCAUGGGAAUGGCUUAGGUCUUUGGAGAGAGUAUAGAUUGAGAAAAGAGGAAGGUCGAGAACAAACUCUUUGGGGGAAUCCUUCUCUUAGUGUGUAGAAGAAGAGGACGAUAUAGCAAAGCAAAUAAAUUUGGAGUGACAAGACAGAUGGAAGAGAACCAAGAAAACAAUGCCACAGAAAUCAAGGGAUUAGAGAGUGUUCAGUUUGGGGUGGUCAGCAAUAUCAGGAGAUAUGUAAAAAGCAAGGAGAAUGAGGACUAAGAAAAGGAGAUUGGAUUUAGUGCUUAAGACAUCACUGGUAACUAUAGAGAACUUGUGCCAUGAGUUGAGUUUUGGCACUUGAAACUAUGUUGCAGGGGAUUGUCAGUGAGAAGAAGAAAUAAUAUUAAGAGAAUUUCUUAAGUGAAUGGCAGGAUAUCAAGUAAAGUGUUUUGUUUUAAAGGAUGGGUCAGAUAGAUAUAGGUAUGUUUAUUGGUGCCUGUAGGGAAGAAAUAUUGAAGAGAAAGAUAAUGGUUGAAGAUGUACCUUCUGGAGAGAAUAGGAUCAAGAGCAUAGUUCCCAACAUGUUGAGGAGCCCCCUGCCUGCCCUAUAGGAAAACAGACAGGAAUUACCUGGGAUCAGGUGUAGAUGGAUUUCACUGGCAGAAAUAAUUAUAUCCAUGUAAUCAAAGAUCUACAAAUCCUAACUUGCUACCAUAGGGGUCAGAGGACCUACCUGACCCCUUGAAGCUCUAAAUUGGAACUAAAGAUUGUAUUUAAACUACUAUUUUAAGUAAUAGAGUAUAAAAUGGGACAGAGGUUAGUCAAUUUUUAUUAAGAACUCCUCUUCAACAAAGUAUUGCAAAGGUUCCUUACAUAAAAAGUUUUCUUUUUGGCCUUUAAAGUUUUUCAAAUCCUAACCUCUUCCUAUCUUUCCAAUUUAUUAAUACUUUUUUUUCUACACACUCUUCAACUCAGCUACACUAGUCUGCUUACUUUUUCUUGCACACAAUUCCCUACCUCUGCUUCUGUUUUCUUGGCUUCCUUCAAGUCUCAAUUCAAAUACAGCCUUCUGCGGUAGCCUUUCCCAUCCCCAAACUGCCUUCCCUUAUGAGAUUACCUUCUAGCUACUCUGUAUAAACCUUAUAUGUAACUAAUUGUUUACAUGUGUCUAACACAUUAGAAGGAGAGCUCCUAUCUUAGUGUGAAUGUAUUUUGUUUCCUCGAAUUAUAAAUUUAUUAAAUCUAAGGAAUAUAUCUUAAAUUAUUGUAUCUUCUAGAAUGCAUUAGAUUGUCCUGUGCCCUGUGGGUGCUUAAUAAAUUACAGAUGUCCUAAAAGACUUAGUGCAGUUUAAGCUAUUAAACCUUAAAAAACUUUAAAACUUUUAAGCUAUUGAUGCUUAAAACUCACCUAAGACUUUUUAGUCACCUUGUAUUUUAAUGUACUACCAAUGAAUUGUUAGUAGUGGAAUCAAUCCACCAAAAAAUAUUUUGUAAUAAUUUACUGUGUUGUUGGCAAUGUGGUAAGGCCUGGAGAUAAGAAAGAUAAAAUAUUGCCUAUGGUCACAUAGCUAGUAUACAUCAAAGUCAGGACUUAAACUUAGGUUUUCCUGAUUGUGAGAACAGUUCCCCCAUCCCACUUACAUGAUAUUGCCUCUCACCAGAAAAAUAUUAUGUUUUAAAAUAUGUUUUUUUUUUGCUUCCAGAAAGAGAUUGGGAUCAUUACAAGUACUAUACAGUUCCUUAAAACUUUAUAACCCUCUUUCAUUUGAACUCAGUGCUGGACAUUCUCUAUUACAAUAACAAAUACUUUUAAUGAACCUAUACCUUCCUGAUAAUAAUUAAAAGGUUGUCAAACCAAGUUAUCUCUCUGUUGUGUUUGCAACCUUUCCUAUUCUAAAAGCCUUGUUUCAGCACAGAAAUGGGAGACACUGCUGCAGUAGAACUUCCAAGGUAGUACUCUCCACUGAAUUAAAUGACCUUCUUUAGUCAACAAAUGAGCACAAUGAAAUCUUUUUCUAUCUCUACUCUUUAGUCAACCAUACAAGUCAAGAACACAAUUAAAAAUUAAACUCUUCUGUCUUGCUACCAUACAUUCUGUAAAAAUUAUAAUUAUAUCUUAAUAAAAAUAUUGUAUGUUUGGAGGUUUAUUAAAGAUCAUUAGAAAUCAAGGAAUAAAGAGGAUACAAAAUUUAAAAACCAUGCCCCAUGGCUGGUUGGCCAUUUUCAAAAUCCCCACUCACCACUAUCACUGCUGAUUCUGCAUCAGAGAGGAGGAACCUCAAAGCUUCAGUGGGCUCUCAGGAUAUGCAGUUCUUUUUUAGGGUAACAGAUUUUCAAUUAUACAAUUCUCAUCAAGGAUUCCUAGAAGUAUGUGAACUGUUCUUACAAAGAUUGUUCAAAAAUAAGUAAUCCUUGUAUUAAAUUAUAAUUAGAAAUUUUAAAAUAAUCUUAUAGGUUAACAGCCACAGAUCUCUUCUGAUUUGUCAUUUCCUAUUAGCAACAAUGAUUUUUUUUGUAAGCACCAAUAUCCAUCCCUCUCUAUCUUGAAAACUGAUCCUUUCGUGCCCCCUAAUUUGUGUUAUUUCUAGUGGGCCUCUCCAUUAUAUACUUAGUUUGGCCUAUAUGCUUUUCCCAUCAUAGCUUUCUUUAAUGUGAUUUUUUAAUUUAAAUUUUUGUUUAUUUUUAAAGCACAGAGACUUUCUUUUUUGAUUCAAUUCCAAAUCCUUUCCUUACUCCUCCCAAACACAAUGACAAGGCCCAAACAACAAAACAAAACAAAAAACAAUAAAACUAUUUAACAGGAUUUCUACUUUUCAUGCAGUUUCCUGGGUUUUGUGAUGGAGAAAACAUUUUUUGGAUAAAUUUUGACUACUUUUCUUUGUAUUUCUUCCCCUUCCAAACUCCUACCCUUCAAUGUUUCUUUCUGAAAUUCUCCCUGGAGUUGAGCUAGCUCGGUCAGUUCUCUCUCCAAGCCAUCUGCAAAUUUUAUUCUCUUUCACUGCUCCUUGAUGUUUUUUUAUGAGAAGAUAUAUUGCCUGUCAACUUUUAUCAUGUUCCUCUGCAAGAUUUUAUCAAUGAGUUUAUGUUCUAAACUGAUACUACUACUAUUAGCUCCUUAUCUGUCAAAGAAAUCAUGCAUCCUCUGUCAGAGGCAAUCUCUGGCCUCCCCAUUGUGAUUGGUUUAUAUUGGUUAAACUUAAAUAGGAAAUGGUGAUGGCUUAUAUUUUUCCUACUCAUUAACUUUUAGACAUUAAUAGCUUGUUUAGGUUAGGUUGGAGCCAUUUUAAUUGCAGAAUAAAUCUUAUUUUUAUCCUAAUUUGGUUGGUUUUCAACCACCUUGGGAAGGUUAAUAACAUAAAAUCAAGUUGCUGUGGGCCUUGUAUUCUCAAGUGCAACCUAUUUUUGCUUUUGAAAAUUGGGAAGUUGUUAUUAGUAAUUCAAAAAUAUUAAAACAACAGCAACAACAAUUAUAAUACUACCUAACAUUUAUAUGGCACCUACAAUAGCCGUAUGAAAAAAUGCUCUAAAUGACUAAUAAUAAGAGAAAUGCACAUCAAAACAACUCUGAAAUACCAUUUCACACCUUUCAGCUUAGCUAAGAUGAAAAAAGGAAAUGACAAAUGCUGUAGUGGAUUUUGGAAAUCAGGUACACUAUUUCACUCUUGGAGGAUCUAGAAAAAAAGAGUUAGGGGACUAUGUAAUUGUGUUAUGAGAUGCUCAAAAGUCUAAUUAAUAAGACAGAACAUUCAUGGAUACAUGAAAAGCAUAGAAACUGGUUUUAUUCAACAAAUUGAAUGCUUAUUUUAAUACUUCAAAGAUAUCACAGGUUCUUGCUCCCCUUCAGCUUUAGUAGUAGUCUUGUAGUUUAUAGUAGAUAUGCAAAAUUCAUUAGCAACACAAAAUAUACAUACCAAUAGAAUAGGUAAGCAUUAAGAAGGAUUUUGAAGGGGGCAGAUUCUGUGUGGGUGACAAUUUUUUUUUAUAGAAGAUACAGGACUGGUUUUAAGAGUCUGGUUUUAAAAGAUGUAUUAUUCUAAUAGGCAGGGGUAAGAGAGGGGCAUCUAUGUAAGGAAUAUUUUAUAAACAAAGAUUACAGUAAGCAAGGUGUACUCGGGGGACAGUCAGACCCAGUUUAUACCAAGAUGGUGGCCUGACUGGGAAGUAGACCAGUGAGCUCAUAUUGUUCUAGCAUAAUUCUGAAAUUUGUCCCAGAUUCAAUAAUAAUCAAGAAAUUUUGUGAGAGACUAUGAAUGACUUCUUAUAGCCCAAAAACUGCAGAGAAAAUUUGUCAGAAAUCCAUAAGCAUUUAGGGAGUCUCCACCUGCAGAGCCAUUAGCAGGGGAAGGUCAUUUUCUAGUGCAGAGUUAAGAUAUAUGUAGCCUGCAAGGCUCAGUGAAUGGAACAAAAAAAAAAAGUGGAAGGCUCCUUUGAAAUAGGGACCUUGGAAGCAAUCGGUAACAACAGGAGACACAGACAGUACAGGACCAAGGACUCUGAAGUAAUCUAAUAUUCUUUCCUUAGAUACCAGGGAAGGCCCUGAAAAUUCAGUGCAUUGAGCUUCAAAUAUGGGGGUGGUUGCUGAAUCCCAGAAUGUAGGUCAGCAUGGAACCCCUGAUAACCUGGGGCAAGACCAAGCAGAGCUGAUUAUCCAAAAAUGGGGCAGGGAGGUGGGUAAAUCUUGUGCCUGGUACAAAGCUGCAACUCAGGAACUAAGGUUAUAGAGAUGAGUAAGUCAAAGAACAUAUCAACCAGAAUAAAAAAUUGUUGCAGAUCUUUAGAUUUCAAGAAGGAGAUUGCUUUAGUAGAGUCUCUAAGGAAGAGAUUGUUUUUUCAUAGGUAUUACAUGGAUAUCUAGGAGAAAUCAAGCAAAAGAUAAAACCUUGGAGGAAAGAAUUAGUAAGAGAAUAAAGAAUUUAAAACAAAAAAAAAUUUCCUGUUUAAGAAAUCAAUUCCCCCAAAACUAGAAUGGAAAAAAAAAAAACAGAUUUCAUCCAAUAGUAAGAAAUAUUAGAACAAAUCAAAAGGUUGAAAAACAAAUGGAAGAAAAUGUAAGACAUCUGAUAUUAUAAAAAUAAUUCAUCUGGAUAAGAGGUAAAAAGGAGACAAUAUAAGAAUCACUGGACUACCUGAAAAGCAAGAUUCUUAAAAAAGCAACUUUUAUACAAUAUUUCAAGAAUUGUAUAUUUAGGGCUGAAUCUAUUUCAAACUUAUUAUGGCAUGUGGUACCAUAUUUUAGUCUAAUCCUAAUUUUUGACAAAAUGUUUUCCAAGUUUCCUAGUAAUUUUUGUCAUAUAGUGAAUCCGUUAGAUAUGGUUUACUAUCUUUGUUUUACAAAUAAGGAAACUGAAUCCCAAAGAGGGUUAACUAGGGUCAUACAGAUAAUCAUGUAUAGGAAGUAGGAUUUUUAACUUGUCAUUCUAAAUCUAGGCCUUUUCCCAGUAUGCUAGGAAUACUAAAAUCUGUUGGCAGCUGUGUUGGAUAGAAUGAAGAGAAAAAGAGGCUGGAAUCCAGUUAGUCUGUUUCUUGAGCUUAUGAGAGCCAGGACCAGAGUUGUCAGUCAGUCAUUAAACAUUUAGGUGGCACAGUGAAUAGAGUGCUGGGUCUGGAGUCUGGAAGACUCAUCUUGCUGGCUUCAAAUCUAGCCUCAUACACUGCACCCCUGCUCAAGUCUUUACCUUAGUUUCCUCAUCUAUAAAAUAAUCUAGAGUGGGAAAUGGCAAACUACUCUAAAAUCCUUGCCAAGAAAACCCCUUUUAUGGGGUCACCAAGAGUUGGACACCUUUGAAAACGACUGAACAACACCAAAACACCUGCUCUGUGCCAGACACUAUGCUUUAAGUGCUUAGAGAUAAAAAGAAAGGAAAAAGAUAACCUUUUUCUUUCAAGGAGCUUACAGUCUAAUGGGAAAGAUAACAUUCAAAUAACUAUGUACAAGCAAAUUAUUUCCCGCCUAGUACAUUUAAUAGUUCCUCCCACAGUCUCUUUUCACAUACUUUUACAGUUAUAUGGUCUCAGAUUGGAUAUCUACAUGGUUCCAUAAAUUGAUUCACGAAGUUCUCUGAUUAAGACAACUCAUACUAAAUCAUAGGCAACAAUAUACAAAUAGGUAGUUUUGUAGCAGUUGAUGGAUAAUGUUUAGAGUGUGAUUGAGUAUAAAAUAAUAUCAAAAGCUUAAUUUUUCCCUCAGGGCUAUUUAAUGAGGGGGAUUUAUUUUUAUAGCUUACAAUUGAAGUGAUGCUCUUUAUUUGUUCAGAGCCUCACUUAGCAGAACAUCUUGCCAACAGUGCUAAAGGGAAAAUAUCUGUUAAACCUAUCACUGAUGUUUUGGUUGAGGGCUUUUUGCCAAGGUGGUUGAUUUUACUAUAUUUUUGAGUGUGGAUAUAUUCUUUAAACUAGACUUCCCUAUAUUUUGAGCCUAGUUUUUUGUUUUCUUUUUAUGUCAAAUUCAGCAGUUGAAAUGUCACUGGGAGAAAUAAAGUGGGCCUAAAUGAAAAAGAAAAAAAUCCCAGAUGAUUUCAUCCCAAAUAAAGCUAUUCUCUUUAGAUUUUGUAUUUUUUUGUUAGUGAAAGAAUACAUGUUGGGAUUUUUGACUGUUUUUAUAUACGUGUGUGUUUUUCAUGAAUGAAUAAAAAAAAAGCAUUCAAGUACUUUUUUGGUGUUUUGUUGUCCAGUCAUUUCAGUUGUGUCCAACUUUUUUCAACUUUACUGUGUUUCAAACCCUUUUAAGUGACUGGGAUAGUAAUACAAAAGGAGGAAAAAGACAGUUCCUAUCCUAGAGGAUCUUGCUUGAGAUGAUACUACACUUAUAGGAGACAGGUGGCCAGGGGGUUUUGUUUUAUUUUGUAAAGUUAACAGCUGAUUGUGUGGAGCUUUAGAGAAGUAGUUGUAUGUUUUUGAUAAUUAUUUUCAAGCUGUCUAAAUGUAUGUGUUUAUACUUCCUCUUUUUAAUUUCAAAGACCAAUACUUCCUCAGUUUUAAUCCUUUUGGGGCUUUCUAGCUACCAUUUUUUUUUCUGUAGGAAUUAACAGCCUACUAAUUGGUCAGCUUGUUUUCAUUUUCUCAAGCUUUCUUCAAGUUAUCUUCCAUACAAAAGUCAUCUUCCAAAGGUCUGAUUUGUCCAAUAGCUGCCUAUUGUUUCUCUGAUCAAAUAAAAACUCCUCAGCCUGCUUCUUAAGGUCUUCACAAACUGGCUUCAGAUUACCCUUUUAUUUUUUUCAUAUCACUCUCCUCUACAUAGCCUAAAUUCUAGCCAAUCUGAAUUGCUUAUUCUAAAAUGAGGAUAUUGGACUAGAUGUCCUUGGAGGUAUAUCACUCUAAAGCUGAGAUAUAUAGCUCUAUAUCUAAGGUAAUAUGGUCCCAUAUGAUCUUCCACAUUAGUGUGUUGGUAUAUGGCAUUUCAGUCACUUUAGUCAUAUCCACAAAUUCAUGACCCCAUUUGGGGUUUUCUCAGCAAAGAUAUUGGAGUAGUUUGCCAUUUCCUUACCCAGCUCAUUUUUCAGAUGAGGAAACUAAGACGAACAGGGUUAAGUGACUUACCCAGGGACCCAAAGCCAGUAAGUAUCUGAGGCUAGAUUUGAACACAAGAAGAUGAGUUCCUUACUCUAGGCCUCAGACUCUUAUCCACUGCACCACCUAACUGCAAAUUUACUCUUUCUUCAAUUUUACCCCUCAAGAUACUCAUCUUGGUUCAAGGCUUGACAAAAUUGCCACCUCCUUUAUGAAGUUUUCCCUGAACUUCUCAGAAUAAGAGGAAGUAUGUGGUGGAAAGUCAUAGAUUUGGAAUCAAAUGAUAUGAAUUCAAAUGUGACUUCUGUGAGACCUUUGGCAAGUUUACUUAACCUAUUAACAUUCUUAGUUUUUCCUUCUGAGAAGACUCGAUGAGAGGGUGGGAUUAGAUGCCAUUCAAGGUUUCUUCCUGCUCUAAAUCUAUAUUUCUGUGCAUCUGUGUAUGUGAUUUAAAAGACCACUUGUAGUAAUCAAGGGUCUUGAACAGUACUUUUUUAUUUUGCAGGUUCUGGUUUUAUCUUUUUUUCUCUUUUUUGUGAUUGGUCCAAAGUUUUGAAAGAAUCUUCACAAUUACCUAUUAUACACUAGAUAGUUCUUCUGUAUCUGAUUGCAUAUCAUUAUAUAGUUAAACCUCAUAGUUUGAAUAUCUUCAGGGCAUUUUGGGGGGGGGACUUCCCUAACACGUGACUGACCCAUCUGAACUUAUAAUACCCUAAAUAUUUGGUUGGCUUGCUCUUGGGUAUUUUCUUCUUGUGACCAGCCUAGUCCAGCCUAGUGAAUUUGCAUUGUAUCCAAUCUAGUGAUGUUACUUCAUUACUUCAUUCUAUUAGGCUGGCUCUCUACAAUCCCCAAACCUUAAUUGUUAAGAGGAUUUUGUAAAUCAUGUCAUUCCUGGAGUUCUACAGUAGACUCUUAACUGAUGGUUUCAUUCCAAUUUCUUCAUUAUGUUGUGCUCAAUUUUAAAAAAAAAUUAUUGUUUUGUUUUCAACCUUAUUUCUUUUGUAUAGGGAGUUCCUAUUGAGAAAAUUUCCUCCACUGAUGCAGUCAAGCAAUAGUUCUGCUAUUUACAGUUUUUGAAUAAUGCCUGGGAUUCUGAGAGGUUCAGUAUCAUAGAUCCAGUCUAUGUCCCCAACAUCCACCUCUUUCUUAUUGAGGCAACUUCCCAUUCACUACACCACAGUAACUUUUGGGCUUAGAUUUGUUGUACUUGUUCAGUCAUUCCAGUCAUGUUUAACUCUUUAUGAUCCCAGUUGAGGUUUUCAUGACAAAGAUACUAGUGUGGUUUGCCAUUUCUUUCACCUGUUUAUUUUCCAAAUGAGGAACUGAGACAAAUAGGUUAAGAGAUUUGUCCAGGUUCAUACAGCUUAUAAGUAUCUGAAGCCAGAUUUGAACUUAGGAAGAUGUAGGUCAGUCUAUGCACUGCACCUCCCAAGUACUCUGAGCUCAUAUUAGUUGUCUUUUAUAAAACAUUGGUUUUUUUCCCCUUCUCCUAAAAACUGUCAGUAACUUAGAUCAAAUCAAAUUCCAGCUUAGGAUUUAAGAUUUUUCUUCAAUUCAGCAAAUAUUUAUUAAUGCUGGGUGGGUAAGGAGAACAUGCUAGUUUUGGAGAGAGGUCUCAUUGACUUUCAUUUUCACCCUUCUUUAGUUUUCUGUAAGUUUAACUAAAGUCUCUGCUCAAGUGGAGUUUGCAUUGCUAGUCAUUGGGGAAUACUGCCUUUCUUAGUUAGCCAUAUUUCCCACUCUUCUUUGACAUGACAUCCUAGCUUCAACUAUUUCCUUUGUACACCUCUUCUACUGUCUAAACUUAUUCUUUCCUUUGCUUUCAUCAGUCCUCUCCCUUCAUCAAUCUAAAUCCUUUAUUUUCUUCAAGUUCACUUCUUGCAUGAAGUUCUCAAGCUAGCAUUACCUCCUGUCUUUACAUUCCUUGAAUUACUUUAGCACUAUUUUGUAUGAAUUUGUUCAACCUUACCCUCAACUGUUUGUUUUGCUUUAAUUAUUUCAUUUAUAUAUGAAAGAUGAAACUACAUGUUUGAAGUCCUAAAAGAAUCAGAUCAAGAAGAGGUUUGGUAAAAUUAAAAGAGUAUUAUAUUAGUGACAGUCAAGAAAACGGUUGGUCCAGUACCCAUAUGCUCCUUCUUUCUUUUUCUUUCCCCUCCCUAUACUUAUCUUUUGAGUUUUUCUUUUUCUGUCUAGUCUAAUUCUUUUAAUUGAAAUCAACUGUAUGACUUUGGGUAAAUCACAUCCACUUUCUGGGUCUUCAUUUUUUCAUGUUAGAUUAGGGUUAUUGAUUCAAUGAUGUCUCAUGUUCCCUCUCCUUAUAAAAUUCUGCCUUCAGUUUAUUUGAUGCCAUUCGGUCCCAUACUGUUUCCUCUGAAAAGGUGUAAGCUUCUUGAGAAGUAAGUGUUGUUUCAUUUUUGUAUCUGUAUCCCUAUACUAGAAAUAUGAUUGAAUUUCCCUUAUCUGUAAAAUGAAGGAAAUCAUAAAAUCAUGAUUUUUGAGAUAGAUGGGACUUUAGAGAUUAUGUAUAGUUCAAAAUCUUCUUGUUUUAUAGGUGAGGAUAUAGAGACCUUGCAGCAUUAAAGGGAGUUGUCCAAGGUUACCCAGAUACUAAGGAUCAAAGUCAGAACUGAUACUUAGAUAUCCUGAUACCAGAUCUGGUGCUCUUGCCACUGCUCCUUCAUCACUCUGAGCUACUCUACUUUUCAAUUUUCUCUCUUCUCAAAUCUACUGUUUCUUCAAUUGGUCCUUCUCAUGAUUCUCAGUCUUACAAUUCUUUAUUAUUCUUUCAGUACUCCAACCUAAAUAUAGCUUUGAUUGAUAUUUGAAUUCUUCUUGUCCUUCAUAUUUACCUGUUUCCAUCUUGUGAAACCCCAAUCCUAGGCAAUUUCUUCUCCCUAGUUUUUGAAUCUGCCUUUUUUUUUAAUACUAGUUAAUCUUUGAUAUUCCUUAUGGGUCUAAAUAAAGUAAUCCUUUAAACCUAGAUGAAGAAUAAAAUAAAUAUUUCUGUGCUCAAGUGACUACUUUGUAUAUAUGUAAGUCAGAUCUGUAACUAGGGUAAGAUGAUCAGGGCAUUGUCCAGGCCACUGAUAUUUAGAGGGAUAUAGAGAACUUAUGCUACUUCAGCAAUGUAAUGAUUGUGCUUAGCCCCUAGCUUGCAUGAAUGAUUAGUUAAAACAGGAAACUAGCAGAUGACCUAUACCCUUUGUCUUUUCUUCCUCCAAUUCUAGUUCCAACUCUGGCCAAGUAACCUCAUUGUGGAUCCUAGCAUCUCUUUCUUUCCUCUACAGGGCUAUCUCAGUCCCCUUCUUCUUAAUAGGCCUCUAGUGUGACUUUUCCCUGCAACUGAAUUUAUUUUAAAAUGUUGAUCUUUGAAAAUGUUUCUUGCUGCUUUCUGGGGUCACCAAUUACUAAUUGUAGCUCUUUGGGGUACACUUUCUCUCUAUAGCUACCUACUUAUUAAAUGUAGCCUGUGGAAAUUUUUUAUUUGUUAAUUUUUUUUAAUUCUAGAGUAAAACUUUCCUAACUGCAGUUGUUAUAAGUGAAAAAGUAAUGAGCUUUUCUUCCAGAGAGUGCAAAGCAGUCUUUCUUUCAUUGAGAUCCAAAAUACUAACAUUUGCUGCACACUUUUUUCUGGAAGGAAACUUCAGGAUAUGGCAACUUCUUGUCAGAAGAUGGGUAAGAAGAGCCGAGUGAAAACUCAGAAAUCAGGCACUGGCGCAACAGCAACAGUGUCACCAAAGGAAAUGCUGAACCUAAUUAGUGAACUCUUGCAGAAGUGUAGCAGUCCAACACCUGGCCCUGGAAAAGAAUGGGAAGAAUAUGUACAGAUUCGGGCUCUUGUAGAGAAAAUCCGCAAAAAACAAAAAGGUCUUUCAGUUACCUUUGAGGGAAAAAGAGAAGAUUAUUUCCCUGAUCUAAUAAAAUGGGCUGCUGCAAAUGGAGCUUCCACUGAUGGUUUUGAGCUGGUUAACUUCAAAGAAGAAGGCUUUGGUUUGAGAGCAACAAGAGAGAUCAAGGCAGAAGAAUUAUUUUUAUGGGUCCCACGAAAAUUGUUAAUGACUGUUGAAUCUGCUAAAAAUUCAGUAUUGGGGGCCUUAUAUUCUCAAGACCGAAUACUUCAAGCUAUGGGAAACAUCACACUGGCAUUUCAUCUUUUAUGUGAACGAGCAAAUCCUAGCUCUUUCUGGCUGCCAUACAUACAGACCCUUCCCAGUGAAUAUGAUACCCCUCUCUAUUUUGAAGAAGAUGAAGUUCAACAUCUUCAAUCAACACAGGCUAUACAUGAUGUCUUCAGUCAAUAUAAAAAUACAGCUCGACAGUAUGCCUAUUUCUAUAAAGUUAUUCAGACCCAUCCUAAUGCCAACAAACUGCCCUUGAAGGAUUCUUUCACUUAUGAGGACUACAGGUGGGCAGUAUCUUCUGUUAUGACACGACAAAAUCAAAUUCCGACUGAAGAUGGUUCUCGGGUGACACUGGCUCUGAUUCCUUUGUGGGAUAUGUGCAAUCACACCAAUGGACUGAUUACUACUGGUUACAACCUAGAAGAUGAUCGUUGUGAAUGUGUAGCACUGCAAGAUUUUAAUGUUGGAGAACAGAUUUACAUUUUUUAUGGCACCCGAUCAAAUGCAGAGUUUGUGAUCCACAGUGGUUUUUUCUUUGACAAUAAUUCACAUGACAGAGUGAAAAUAAAGCUUGGAGUGAGCAAAAGUGACAGGCUAUAUGCAAUGAAAGCUGAAGUCUUGGCUCGAGCUGGCAUUCCAACUUCCAGUGUUUUUGCCCUGCACUUUACUGAGCCUCCCAUCUCUGCUCAACUUCUGGCCUUCCUUCGAGUAUUCUGUAUGACUGAAGAAGAGCUAAAAGAACAUUUGAUAGGAGAACAUGCCAUUGACCGAAUCUUCACAUUGGGUAAUUCUGAAUUUCCUGUUAGCUGGGAUAACGAAGUCAAACUCUGGACAUUCCUUGAAGCCAGAGCAUCCCUUCUUUUAAAAACUUAUAAAACAACUAUUGAGGAAGAUAAAUCCUUCUUGGCAACCCAUGACCUUACCUUUCAUGCAACAAUGGCCAUCAAACUACGCUUAGGAGAAAAAGAGAUUUUGGAAAAAGCCGUAAAGAGCGCAGCUGCCAACCAAGAGUACUAUUGCAAACAAAUGGAGGAAGGAACUCCACUUCCCAAAUACGAAGAGAGUAAUAUUGCCUUGUUAGAGAACACUGUGGCAGACUCUAGACUCCCGAUUGUCCUCAGAAACCUGGAGGAUGAGGCUGAGGUACAGGAGGACUUAAAGAUUGAAGAAGCUAUCACUGACAGAGAAGUCACAGAAAAUGGAUUUGUAAAUAGUGAAAACUCUAUACCUAAUGGGACCAAAUCUGAGAUUGAAAAUCUAAAUCAAGAAGAAAAUACAAGAGAGACUGAAGAUGCCAAAGAAUCUUCUCCUGACAGUACCAAUGAGGUUAAGCAAUAGUCAUGAAAUAAAUCUUGACUUUAUUGUGAAAUUAAAUUUAGCAAAAAUUUAUGAACAAUACAUUUACAUUGGUGUGUUUCCUUGUUAACAUUUUUCUUUCUGCAAAGAGGAAAGUAUGUUUUUGCUGCUUUGUAUGAAAUCAUUUUCUUUUUUUUUUUAAGUUAUUUUUAAGAAAUCUGGCUUUCCUUCUCAAAUAAGAUUGCCAUCUUGCUUUCAGGAAAAACAAACACACAGAAGAGUGGAGUGGGAGCAAUGAUGAUAGGGGGUGCCUUUGGAAGAUUUUACAAACCCAUUAUAGGACAAAUGUAUUUUCUUCCUGAGGAAGAAUUAAAUCCUCCUAUCAAUUGUGCUUUUAUUGGUCCAUCUUUCUGACAACCAAAGUAAAAGACUGCUUUGUCUUCUGUCAAGAACAUAGGAUUAACUGAAUAUUCAGGUGCAGUACAGUACAAAUCUUUGUACAAAGACUUUGGAGAUUGGGCAGUUAUGAUUUUUUCUUUUAAAGAGAGAAUAGUACAGAGAGAAAACCUGACUGGAAAAGAAAAAAAAGUGGUAAGAUGGCAAACUUAUUUUUAAUAGUUUUUAAAUAUUAAUGAUAAUAUGAAUUAUAUAUUCUUAGUGAUUUCUUAAGAUUUGUUUACUUUUUGUGUUUUGUUUACUAUAUUAAGAGUGUGUCCUUCCUCCUUGAAUCAAAGUAGGGUACUAUACUAUACCAUUUACCUAAUUUCAAAAGCUGACUUUUUAAAGUGAUACAUUUGAUUUACAGUGUUGGUAAUGGCAAUUUCAAAAACAUAAUCCAAUGCACAGUUUUACAGAAUGUUGUUCCAAGUAAGGAUGCACCCCAUCCCCCAGCUUAUUCAGGUUUUCACAAACAAGCUAGAGGUUUUCAAAGCUACACUUUUGACUACAAACCAUUAUUAAAAGGAAAAUGUGAUUAA